GGAAUUCCAAUAGACCUCGCACCGUUGGUACGAUAAAAUCUCGGGCACCCGACUCGUCGGCAUUCCGAGCCCUACUCCGUACGAGGCUUGACUGCGCUUGACCGAUCUUGGCUGUCGGUCACGGUGUCCAGUCGGGGUCUGGCACACAUCGGAAUCUCGGUUGAUCGACUCCACGCCGAUCGUUGUAUAGCCGAGUGACUCUUACCUUUGCGUUUUCUCCCACUGCUACAGUCAUACAGCAUGCAAUUCGAAAUCACAGCCCAAUACGACGAGACAAGAGCUCGCCUCCAAGAAUGGGACAGCGACGAUGACCCCGGAAACCCGCGAAACUGGUCCAAGGCGAGAAAGAUCUUCGCAACGACCGUCGUCUGUUUAAUCGGUUUCUGCACCACCAUCAAUGCGUCCAUGUACUCGUCGGGCCAUGAGAAGGUCCGGGAACGAUUCAAUGUUUCAACGACUGUCUCGCUGCUUCCUCUCUCGGCGUACUCCCUGGGCAUGGCGUUUGGACCCAUGAUCUCCUCGCCGCUGUCAGAGACCUUUGGUCGGAAAUUCGUUUACCUAUUGACUCUUCCGCUCGUGGAUGUCUUUACGAUCGGUGUUGGCGCCUCUCAAGGAAUCGCCUCGCUCAUCGUGUGCCGCUUCAUCGCUGGCCUCUUCGCCGCCCCAGGUGUAUCCGUCGCAGCAGCCACAAUCUCAGACUUCACGCACCCCUCGGAAAGAGUCGUACCUCUGGGAAUCUACUACUCCGUCCCCACAAUCGGCAGCGCUAUGGGCCCCCUGAUCGGCUCUUUUGUCGUCGAACAACAAGGCUGGCGCUGGACAGCCUGGACCCCGCUCAUCAUCGCCGCAGCCCUGCAUCCACCAGCGCUCUUCAUCCGCGAAUCCUACAAGCCCAUCCUCCUCAGACAACGCGCAGAAAAACUCGGCGCAGAGGGCGUCCUCCCUGUACAAACCCGAACAGCCCUGCAACUCUUCAAAGAAUUCCUCACCUCAACCAUCAUCCGACCCUUGCACAUGCUCUUCACCGAGCCCCUCGUCGGCUUCAUCUGUCUCUACUGCGGCUUCCAGUUUGCAUUACUGUACACAUUCAUCGUCGCAAGCCCCCGCGUCUUCGCAUCCGUCUACAACUUCUCCCCCAGCGCCCAGGGCCUCUCCUUCCUAGGAAUGGUCGCCGGCUGCAUCCUCGCCCCCGCCAUCCUCUUCACCGUCGACCGCGCCGUGCGCACACACCCAACCCUCCGCAUCCGCAACAACGCAACCGAAAACUCAGCCACCACCCCCGAACUCCGCCUCUACACCGCAAUGUUCGGCUCCCUCGUCCUCCCCACCGGCCUCUUCGCCUUCGCCUGGACAGCCCGAUCCUCCAUCCACUGGAUGGUCCCGAUCCUCGCACAGGGGACGGCGUUUCUCGGCAGCAUGCUCAUCUACGUCCCCUGCAACUUCUACAUGCUCGACGUGUAUGGCUCGAAAUAUGGCGCGAGUGCGAGCGGGGCGAGCUCGCUGACGCGGUAUGCGCUGUCCACGGCAUUUCCGUUGUUUGUGCCGCAGAUGUAUAAUGCGUUGGGGGUGGGCUGGGCGACGAGUCUGCUGGGGUUUGUGGCGGUGGCUAUGGCGCCCAUUCCGUGGCUUUUCUUUUACAUGGGGCCCAGGUUGCGCGAGAGGAGUUCGUAUGAGCAUGGGACGUGAGUACGAUGUAGCCUUGAUUAGACGUAUGGUACUAGAGACGUGUAUACGAAAUGGAAAUCUCUGCUCAGCUACGGAUACGUGCUCUCUGUAAGGAACGUCUCUCGAUGAACAAGGUCGUAUUAAACUAAAAUACGAAGCAUGGAGAACUAAUGGAGGUUCCGCGAAGCGGGACUGAUUAUAUACAGAAGAUUGUCACGUAACGAUGACCUAAGCGGGGCAUAAGCAGGGUGAGGCCCGUGACAUUCAGUGGGUAUCAUACUGACUCCAAUCGUCGGGAUUCUGUAUGGCUAUGUAGUGAUCUUGUAAAAGUGGCGUGAGAGAUUUUCGCUAGGUCACCAGGCGUACCUCUUGUUCUCUAGUAGGAAGGAGCAUCUCUUGGUCGUUCAUUCCUUGUUCACCUAUCGAGGGAAACAAGGAAAGAACGACCAGCUCCUCCCGUACCUUCCUUGUUCCUUCUAGAAAGGAGCAUUCCCUGCGUAUUGGUCGUGCCUUCCUCGCCUAGGAGCCCACUGAAACGCUAGUUGCGUGUGGAUUCAUCCCGCUUCUCUUCCAUCAAUAAUCAGGCGGUCAAUGGAGUGUAAGCAUGUCAUCAAAUAACAUUUCCAUUGCAUCAAACAUAAUCUGCCUACCCAACGCCAUCAUACCGCACAACCUCCUUUAUUCGAAACUCCGUCGUGCGCAGAAUCCCACCCUGCAUGCCCCCCUCCUCACCAACACCAAGACCAACACCAACAGCGGAACCAACACUCUGAUGCCCUUUACUCGUGAUACCAACCUCACUCCCGCCAUCCUCAACCCCCACAAAACUCCCACUGUCCCUCCCACUGCCAGUAACCACACUCCCGCUCCCAUAC